ACGUCAUAACUACCGUCAUACUAUUGGAGUUGAUGCGUAUCGUGGUUGUCAGAGAAAGUCGUGUCCUGGUCAAAUUCUUCACAAAUUGGCCAAAACAUGGACAGCUCGGACCCAGAACCUGUAUCUAAUGGACCAAUAUUCCCAGCAAAUAAUUGCACACUUGGUGUUUGUAGUGGUAGCGUCUGCUUAUGCGGCAAUGGCUUCGAUGAGGAUGAAGACUUCCCCGAAGAAGCGCCAUUAAUUUCGUACCAGUCUGUGCCUUACAACGACACUUACUAUACGGAUGUUCAUUGCCAUGAGUUUAGACCAAUUUUUACCAACAGAAACGCAAGGAAAAAACUUACCAUAGCAAGUAUCGUUUGUUUGUUUUUCGUCAUUGCUGAAGUUAUUGGUGGCUAUCUGGCUCACAGUUUGGCAAUUAUGACAGAUGCUGCUCAUAUGUUAUCUGAUUUUGCUGCAUUUCUUAUUAGUUUAUUUGCAAUUUGGGUUGCAAAGUGGCAACCUGAUAAGAAAAGAACAUUUGGUUAUUAUAGAGCAGAGGUGCUUGGUGCUUUGGUAUCAGUUCUCAUYAUCUGGGUUCUCACGGGAGUUCUUGUCUACCUUGCAGUCCAGCGAGUAAUUACAAUGGAUUUUGAUAUUGAUGCCGACAUUAUGAUUAUUACAGCUGGAGUGGCUCUUGCUAUCAAUAUUUUACUGGGCAUUAUCCUACAUCAAGCAGGAGUGCCACAUGGACACAGUCACGGAGGCUCAAGUCACAGUCACGGAGGUCACAGUCAUGGAGGUCGGAGUCAUGGGAAUAGUUACAGGCACCUUCCUGCAGCAAGUAUUAAUGAUGGGGACAUAUUGCAUUCACAUUCGGUGUCAAUUCGAGGCAGUUUUCAUGAAAAGGAGAAUAUUAAUGUCAGAGCAGCAUUUAUCCAUGUUUUGGGUGAUGUCGUACAGAGUAUAGGAGUACUUAUAGCAGCAUAUAUCAUCAGAUACAAGCCCACAUGGAAAAUUGCUGACCCAAUAUGUACCUUCCUCUUCUCUGUGCUUGUAUUAAUUACUACUCUUAACAUUCUGAGGGAUACAAUACACGUGCUAAUGGAAGGAACACCAAAGAACAUCAAUUAUAACGCAGUCAAGAGUGGUUUAGAAAAUAUUGACGGGGUUAUUACAGCUCAYAGUCUGCAUAUCUGGUCUUUGACAAUAAACAAAGCUGCACUUGCUGUUCAUCUUGCUGUUGGUCAAGGAACAAACACACAAAAGGUCCUUGACAUUGCUCAUCAGAAGCUUAAAACAGAGUUCCAGAUAUUUCAUAGUACGAUACAGGUUGAACAGUACCAGGAGUCUGUCAUGUCCAACUGUGGUGAAUGCCAAGACCUCAAGGACUAAAAUAAAGACUGAAAUUAGGCAAAAGACAUUUGCUAAAUUGCACUAGAUACAUUGGAAUGUUGAAUAUCAGUUUUAUGUUAAGUUAUAGAGUCAGACAUUUUAGCAAAUAACYGGUGGCUUCUACUGCAACAAGAAAAUCUUUUUGGAUGCAUAUUUUGAGAUUUUUUUAUGUAGGUAGAGUAGAGUUAAGUAGAGUAGUAAAGGACCGUAACAAACAAUUGAGGAUAAAUAUAUUUUUGGUACAACUUUAUUCUUUUGUUCUACWUGUAAGUCAUUGGUUUUGGUUCAACACCUUGAAAGAGCAUGAAAGCAAAAUCUUUCAAAAAGUGAUUUCUGACAAUCUGAUAAGACACUGUUAGGUACAGACUUUUCCAAUUGCUUUUAAUAUUUUGAUUAUCUUGUAGGGAUAACGCAUACAGGAACUUAUAUAUUUUUUCAUUAUGAAAUAAUCUAUGGAAUAAUUAAUUAUACAUAUUAAUAAUAUGCAGAAACGAUCUGUUAGUUCAAUUAAGUAGAAUAGCUGUAGAAUAUUUGCAAAAAAAAAAACAACAAAACAAUCAAUACAUGUCAAAACAAAUAAGAUGUAGAGCUUACUUACUUUUUGAAAAUAUGUAAUAUAAUUCACAACGCAUAUUAUUGUACGUAAUCAAUGAUCAAUAAAUGUAAUUUUGUUAAGUCUA